AUCAACACCUCAUCUAAUCACAUAUCUCAAUACAAUCACACACAGAUGGGUUAAACAACAAGGCCCUAAAAGCAAAAACCGUUUGAAUAACAAUGUAAUAUUUUGCAACCGCUGCACCAUUACUGUCACGUACGCUAUCCCUAGAUUGGUUGCUGGUAAGCAGUGGUUGUCGUCAUCAACUCGUCAUGCAGCAGCUGAUUGGGAUGGGCGGGGCCUAUUUUUAUCCAGACGAUAGAGAGAGCCGAAUGAACUAAGCUCAAGCUGAUAAAAAAUAAUUAGAUUAAUAAUCCUUUACAACAACAUCACCUUCCUGCUACGAUGGAGCUGAAUCAGUCAGCAGAUGAAGAAGAGAAUAUACAUUCCCACUCUGAAGCAAACUCAUUUGAUACAAUCAUUGGAGAAAUUGAAGAUAUUAUCAUGGACGCCAGUUUUCGCACGCUGGAGCGAGAGUUUGUGGAGCGGCACUGCGCGCUGUUCGACCCGGCCUCGGAGGAGAACCGCCUGGAGUGGAUGGACGUGUUCCGCGAGUACGGCCGUCUGCUGGAGGGUCACCUGGACUCCCAGCUGCGGCAGCGGCUGCCCAGCUUCAGCAUGGACCAGUUCCUGACGCAGCUGGCAGAACGACGAGAGGAGCUUGAUGGCGACAUAUUCGACCUGCUGCUGUCCUUCUCCGACUUCAGCAGCUUCAAGGAGAUGAUGCUCGACUACCGGCGCUUCAAGGACGGCAAUGUGCCCUGCCUGGAUGGCAUCAUCACCUCAGUCCAGCUGCCCGGCUGACCGGAUCAGAGGUGACCUGAGGUCACAGCCGCUGAGGACGGCCCCCUCUGCAGUUGAGGUCAGCACAGCCGCCGAACAGGGCGCUAUUCUGGCAACUGGGACUGUCAAACCCCGUAGUUUCUUAGAUAUAUUUGGCUUUCCUUCAGAGAAUGUGUCUGUAGAUAGCUGCUUCAUGUGACAUUUGCAAAGACGCUUCUUCUCUUUUCACAUUUCAUUCCCCUGUAAUGCAGUGACGUGACUCAAGCUGUUGUCAUUUCGCAUUGUGUUUGGUGUUUCAUUGUUUUCGUCCAUUCAGCCAAUGAACAUUGUCCCUCGUUAGUUUAUUAGCCUACAUUGGAAAUUAGUAUUGCCAUUAUCGCACCAUCCAUUCGGUAGUGCAAUUUCAAGGCGAUGAAUUUCUCAGGCAUACGGGGCCAUUCAGGCGCGUCACCCCUCGCUUCUCGGUGAGAAUUGCGUUAGCACAAUUACUGAGUCGGUUCUCGAACGCUCGUUUUUCGAGCGUUCGAGAACCGACUCUAGACGGUUCUCGAACCGUCGAGAACCGUCUAGUUCUAGUCGAGUUCGUAUGGACGCUUUGUGUCCCCGGUGGGCCGAUUAGCUCGUAAGGCCUGCGAUGGCAACCAGGAUAUGCGUAUUGAUUCUGUGAUACACAGUGCAUUAUUGAGUUCCCAUGGAUCGCAUUAGUUUCUGUGAUGAGGAUUGCAAAGGUGUUCAAUAAAGGUUUUAUUUGUUCGACAACCGAAA